CCGCGUUUCUCUGGGCACAUCUGAAGCCGGGGCUCGCGCUCUCGCUUGCACAAACCACUCUUAAGCACGACGUGGAACCUCCUCUUCCAGCUGUCUCUUCACUCACUCUACUCACUCUUCUCCCUCCAGUCUUCUCAAUCUUAAGCUUAACCCAUCCUCCUCACCAUGCUAGACCACAUCGGCAUCUCCGUCUCCGACUACGCGCGCUCCAAGGCCUUCUACGAGCCCGUCCUCGCGACCCUCGGCAGCAGCAUGCAGAUGGAGCCCGCGCCGCACGUCAGCGGCUGGGGUCCCAGUCCCAUGGAGCCUUCGUUCUGGAUCAGCGCCGGCUGCGCGACCCAAGACAAGCCCCCUAUUGGUCCCGUGCACGUCGCAUUCACCGCCAAAACUCGCAAGGCUGUCGACGCGUUCUACGAGGCCGCCAUUAAGGCGGGCGCCAAGUGCAACGGGAAGCCGGGCAUUCGUGCCGAGUACCACCCCAACUAUUAUGGCGCGUUUGUGCACGACCUCGACGGCCACAACAUCGAGGCUGUGUGCCACAUGCCGGAGUAACGGAGAGGUGCAGCUUGAGCCAUCUUCUCAAGCGAUUAUUAGCAAGGGGUCGUUGUUAAGAUUGAUGCAAGUUUGGGGUUGG